AUGGCGAAACAAAUGAUCCAUUAUUUUAUCUCUCUGCGUGGCUCUGGAGCAACCGCAGAAGGCGAUAGACAGCAAUCGAGCGUUCUGAGCACUCUCCAGGUCAGACCAGACGAGUCGACCGCGCCCGCAGCGCACGGCGCCCAUCUCUCUCUCAUCUGCCACGCAUUGAAACGUUCAAGGAACGCCCCAUCAUCUCCAGGCGCGGGGUUCAUCGCUCUGCGGGGAACAGCUUUUUCUCUCGCGAUCUCCGCAACCUUCCGUCCUCUCUCCUUCCACCACCACCACCACCACCCGCUGCACACCCACUCGCCGCACUCCCACCCACGCAGACACGCCGUGCACGCCGUCGUCGCUUCAUCUGACAUCGCGAGCCCCACCGGAUAA